AUUUUACUUUUGCUUAAAGAAGCCGUGUUUAUGUUCAAGUGUGUGGUAAUUCUCGCUGUAGUGCUAAAUGCAGUUGCGUAAUUACAGAAUUAAAUAAUUGUUAUGUCUAAACGUUAUCUGCGAGAAAAUAUAUGUACAAAAAUUCCAAUAACACUGUUAUGUUUUAGUAUUCAGUGGUAUUUAACACAUAGUCGUGUGACGUCAUAGGAUAUUGCUUUGAGUGCGACACCGGCAUUUUGAACGGAACGAGGUUGGCCCUCGAAUUUAGUUAAAAAUGGCGUCCGAUCAACAGAGUAAGAACAGAAUGCAGGUUUUCAAGAAUAAAGGAAAGGAUCAGGAUGAAAUGAGAAGGCGGAGAAAUGAGGUCACAGUUGAGCUUAGAAAGAACAAGAGAGAAGAGACAUUGCAGAAGCGACGGAAUGUUCCAGUAGCAGACUCUACAGAUGAAGACGACUUUGAUAGAAACCUGGCUGCUGCAAACCUGGAGAUGUUAGUUGCCAAUGCAGGCAGUGACAACCCUGCUGUUCAGCUGAAUGCCGUCCAGUCUGCUCGGAAGCUCCUAUCCUCAGACCGCAAUCCUCCAAUUGAUGCCCUUAUUGAAAGUGAUAUACUUCCAAUAUUGGUUCGCUGCCUUGAGUGCCAUGACAAUCCGUCUCUCCAGUUUGAAGCAGCGUGGGCACUGACAAACAUUGCAAGUGGAACAUCUGCACAGACACAGGCAGUAGUAGCUGCUGGAGCAGUGCCCCUUUUUCUUUCUCUGCUCCUAUCAUCCCACCAGAAUGUAUGCGAGCAGGCCGUCUGGGCACUAGGGAACAUAAUUGGAGAUGGCCCACAGCUUCGGGACUAUGUAAUUAGUCUGGGUGUAGUCCACCCUUUGCUCACCUUUAUCAAGCCCGAGAUCCCAAUCAGCUUCCUGCGGAAUGUGACAUGGGUGAUUGUGAACCUUUGUCGAAACAAAGACCCACCUCCACCUGAGCAGACUAUUAAGGACAUCCUACCAGCUCUGAACUUACUGAUCCAUCACACCGAUAUUAAUAUAUUAGUUGAUACGGUCUGGGCACUGAGUUACCUAACAGAUGGUGGCAAUGAGCAGAUUCAGAUGGUGAUUGAUAGUGGAGUUGUUCCAAAGUUAAUUCCAUUGCUGUCGCACAAGGAAGUUAAGGUUCAGACUGCUGCUCUUAGAGCAGUUGGCAACAUUGUGACAGGGACAGAUGAGCAGACACAGGUUGUGCUGAACUGUGAUGCGUUGUCUCACUUCCCUGCACUUCUUACACAUCAGAAGGAGAAGAUAUGCAAGGAGGCUGUGUGGUUCUUGUCAAACAUCACUGCAGGCAACCAACAGCAAGUCCAGGCUGUCAUCGAUGCAGAGUUGUUGCCAAAAAUUAUUAGGAACCUUAGUAAAGGUGAGUUCCAGACACAGAAGGAGGCAGCAUGGGCAAUAAGCAACCUGACUAUCAGUGGUAACCGGGAGCAGGUGGCACGGCUGAUCCAGGAAGGUGUGAUCCCACCAUUCUGCAAUCUGCUGAACUGCAAAGACACGCAAGUGAUCCAAGUGGUUUUGGAUGGCAUCAACAACAUGCUCAAGAUGGCAGGUCCUCAGGUUGAGCAACUUGCAAACAUGAUUGAGGAGUGUGGAGGACUCGAUAAAAUUGAACUUCUUCAAAAUCAUGAAAAUGUGGAAAUCUACAAACUGGCCUAUGAGAUUAUUGAACAAUACUUCUCGGAAGAUGUUGAAGAUGAUCCCAACUUGGUGCCUCAGUCAUCUGAUGCUGGCUUCCAGUUUGAUCCCAACACCAGCAUACCAAGUGAUGGCUUUAAAUUCUGAUUGCAUGGACAUGUCGAUGGUUAUCGAUAGAUGUGGCCCGCAGCUGAUACCAAUCAAGUGCUGUGACUGAGUAGUUGUAUGAUAAAGACAGUGUGAGCAGAUCUGACACACAACUAAUAGUGAUGCCCCGAGAUUUAUAACAGUUGAGGAACAUAGAGGUACAACUUUUUCUAGCAGGGUGUGUUAAAAAUAGACCAUGGUCUUUUAUAUUAUCUUGCUUGGAAGUUGCUGUAUUUGCCCUACAUAUAUAAAUUUUGGUGCCCAUCCAGUAAAGAAGCAAGUUUGGUUUUUAAUUUACAUCCUGACUAUUAUAAGCUUUCUGUGCCUAAGUAACAUGUUGACAUACUCAGAUUGUGACAAAUAAGGUACUUACAUCUCAGAAUCUCGACCUUGUUGAAGCAUCAGCCUGUUAGCCUCCGAAAUGACUGAUUGUGUUAAUAUCAAUGUUCUCUUCUUGUAUAUAAUGUAAUGUACUAGAUGAAGUGUUUUGACCAUUUUCCAGAUCCAAAGCAUGUCACAACAUGGCAGAUUAGUUUUCUUAAAAAUAAAGUUUAAUAAACUCCUCAAGCAGGCUUCUAAAUCAUCACUACAUUACCCUCUCAAGCAGUAUUUAUAUUGCUCUGUAGUACUCUGUUGACAUACUGUACAGAUUUCCCAUAUUUAUGAACUAUCCAGCAGUUAAAUACAUACUGGGGAAAAAUGAAUAAUAGUACAAACAUUUUGUUACACAGUUUUGCUUAUGUGGUCUGAAACACAUUAAGAACUAAAGGAAGCUGACAUGUGUUGAGUGACAAGCUGAAAGACUGCUGAUUGAAAACAAGGAGCAGUUAUAUAAAACAGAUCAGGAACCAUCAAGGCAUGUAGACCAUGUUCCACUUCAUAGAGUUCCAGUAUAACUUAUCAGUGAGCAGCUGUAAAAAUACUUUUUUUAAGGUGCUGCAGGUAGCAUACCCAUAUACUACUGUUGUAUCAGCAGGGUACUGAGUAACAUGGGGAUCCGACUAGAUGGGUGAAGGGGCUAUGACAUUGGACACUUUCCAGGUGCCAGUUGGAGGAUGGUUGUUCAAGAAUGGUCACUAGUUUCUCCCAUUUGACCCAAGGAAGAUGUACUUAUUGGUAAUAAAUUAUCAUCUGUC